UUUCACUUCAACUCACGUUAGAAUUUGUCUAACGAAAGAAACAGGAUGUUGCUUGCAUAUAGUUGGGUUUGAUGUUAAGAUCAAAUGCUGUUCUGAAUUUAUUGGUUGAAAAUCCCUUCUGUUCUAAAACUGUACAUUGAUUCUGGUCCAUUAUUACAGACCCAUAACAUCGGUUUGGUAUUUUCCCCUCUUCUUUUGCACGAUCCGAAAUUGAGUCGAGAAAACCCUAUUCUGCAAUUCGCUAGGUAGAGGGAGCAACAUGUUCUUCCACAUAGUUUUGGAGAGGAAUAUGCAGCUACAUCCACGACACUUUGGCCGUAACCUCCGUGACAACCUCGUCUCAAAACUUAUGAAAGAUGUUGAGGGCACUUGCAGCGGCCGGCAUGGAUUCGUAGUGGCCAUUACAGGAAUUGAGAAUAUUGGGAAAGGAUUGAUUCGUGAUGGGACAGGUUUUGUCACUUUUCCCGUUAAAUACCAAUGUGUUGUGUUUAGACCAUUCAAGGGAGAAAUUUUAGAAGCAGUUGUUACUAUGGUAAACAAGAUGGGUUUCUUUGCUGAAGCUGGACCUGUUCAGAUUUUUGUUUCAAACCAUUUGAUACCAGAUGAUAUGGAGUUUCAGUCCGGAGAUGUGCCAAACUAUACCACUUCGGAUGGAUCAGUUAAGAUUCAGAAGGACAGUGAAGUUCGAUUGAAGAUAAUUGGGACUCGAGUAGAUGCAACUGAAAUUUUUUGUAUUGGAACCAUAAAAGAUGACUUCUUGGGUGUGAUCAAUGACCCUUCCGCAGCUUAGCUCUUCAUCUUGUUCAAGAAAUUCUUCCUUGAAUUGGAGUUGUCAGUUUGCAUAUUAGGAAAAAAAUCACUGGGAAAAAAAAAUCUAAUUUUGUUGUAUAUAAUUUCUCAUUUUUCAACUGUUUAUCUUUUUAGUUAUACGGAUCCUUACGCCAAUUACUUGUUAUGUUGGUAUUUGGAAUGAGAAACGUUUUCAUAUGAGUCCUAUAGUUUGGUGAAAGUUAGAAUGUAGUCUUUGUAGUUCUUAACCUUUAUAGUUUAAUCAAUUCUAUAAAUUGCCCUAAUUGUUUU